UUCAUUUAAUAUUGAUUAAUGGUUAUUACUUAUUAACUAUAGAACAGUUUUAACUUUUAAAUGAUUCAAAUAAUAUUUUUAUUAUAGUUGUUGAACGUCUCACUGUGAGUUGUAUAAAAUAAUAUAAUAUUAUACUUUUUUUUUAUGUAUACAAAAUAUAAUAAUGGUUUUAACAGUUUCGUUAGUGCACAUAUUCCAGCAACCAUUUCAAACAAUUAAAACAUUCUACAGUCAAAUCAGACAAAAAGAUGAUGUUGUUAAAAUUUCAGAAUUAAUUGAUGCGCACAUCGAUGAACAUGGAUUUGAAUAUACUAAACAUAGGCUGGUAUGUCAUAAUAUUAUUCCUCAAGUAUUAAGGCGCGAUCAAAUACUACAUAUUCCAGAAAUAAUUAUUGAAGAAGAAUGUUGGUAUGACGAAAAAGGUCAAAAAUUUUGGGCAAGAACGAGAAAUUUGAGUUGGUCAGAAAUAGCUACGUUAUCUAAUAUUAUAACAUUAUCGAUUACACCAAAUCCAACAUGGACUAAGUAUGAAAUUGAUGGGAUAACAGAUUUUUUUGGAACACAACCUCAUGAAAUUGGCUAUGCAGUAGAGUAUUUUUUGAAAAAAUAUACAGAAAAAAAGUUGUUGGAACAUAUUAAAAUAAUUGAUCUGGAAUGUUCGAAAAAUAACGAUAUAUAGGUGAACCAUACAAUACCUAAUAGAUAAAGAUUACUAAACACUAAAGGUUUAACAAAUAACAAAUUAUUUUGAAUGGUACACGAAAAAAAACUUACAUACCAAGCUUCACAAUUUAAUUAUCCAUGGUAUGCUUACAAAUUUGAAUUACAUUUAUAAUUUGAAUAUAUUGUUUUCUUUUGCAUAAUAAAACAUUAACUUUUAAAUUAA